CAACCCCACCCGUCGUUAGCUGCAGUUUUCUUCUCUGGUUGGUUUAGAAGUUGACGUUGACCACCGCAGAGCAGGAAAUUGCUGACAGCGAGGGGUGGAAGCCGCAGAUUGAAUUUGCAUGCCAAGGCAUUUCAGCAUCAGGGGUAGACAUUGCCAGCUGUGAGAAUGUGGCGGGUGGUCAUGCCAGCCUGCUGCCUCCUGUUGUUCCUCAGGUCAGGUGAAGGCCUUCUAGUGUCAGAGGUGUCGGUCACUGCCACAGUUGGGCACAACGUCACUCUGCCCUGCUGGUACUCUGUCCCCUUAAAUAGAGUUCGUCCUUUUUGCUGGAAGCGCGGUGACUGCCCACCCACCAUUACAUUCACAUUAUGGUGUGGCAGCGAUGAGGUUUACAGUGAAGGUGACAAAGUGACCCGAGUGUCAGACAAGUACCAGCUAACUAGUGACGUCCAACGAGGUAACCUGUCACUGACUGUGGUCAACGUCAGCAUAGAGGACAGCGGGCCGUACUGCUGCCGCGUCGAUAUCCAAGGAGUGUUCAAUGACCAGAUGAGUUCUGUCCUCCUCACGGUGACUGCAGAAACUUCAAAAGAGUCAACUGUGACACCCAGAGAAGACACCACCUCUGAGACCCCGACUGAGACUUCCACAGCCACCAGCCCACCUUCUAGUCCAAUGGAAAAUCAGACCGAGACCACUUCACAAGCAGGAGGUCUCCCGACUUCGGCCAGAAAGUCUGUCACUGCCCCUGUCAUGAUGGUCACCUGUUUGGUCCUCCUGCUGAUUGGGCUCGUCUCGGUCCUCAUUUACAAACCAUUGACAAGGGGCAUCACCCUGGGCAUGAGUCACCAACAGAAUGAGCUGGCAUUCCAUCAAACAAAAGAGCAGCUUCAGCGCCAGCUGCAGGGGACCCGUGAAAAACAACAAGCCGGGGCAGGAGAACAGCUGGGCAGAGGCAUCACGGGGGACACCAAGAGGAGGACAGGACAGAGGGCGGUCAGUCGUAGCCCACACAGCGGGCAUUAA